CGCUAUGAUCACAGAAUUCCUGUCCCUGCUUUACCUUGGGCUUUGUCUGGGCAAUGAAGAUGAGAAAAAUAAUGAUGAAGAUGAUGAAAGUGGACCUGACCCUGCAAAAACAGACACCAAAGUCAUCGUUGUCGCCACCUUCACCUGCGUCUCUGUCUUUCUCCUCUUCGUUGUCAUCUUCUUCAUCUACAGAUGCACUCAGCACAAUUCAUCACAUGAAGAAUCCGCCAAGAGAACCAGCCAUUCCAAAUUUCCCAAGCAGGGAGCUACAGCAUGA